GUAGUUAAUAGUUUUACUUUUACAAUUUGAAGAAAAUUUAAAUUUAAUUUUAUAUUAUUUAUAAAACUGACAAAAAAUUCUCACACAUAGCUGAUUGGCAUAUGUUAAUGAACACUGAGCAGAGUUAAUUAAAAAUUAAAUAAACAAGAAAAAAUCAUUUUUAGCUAGCAUAUGUCAUCAAACUAGGGACUACUACUAAUUACUACUCAGUAGUUAGGCUAAGGAUACAUUUUAGUACUAAAAGCUUAUUUGAAUCAACAAUUUUAGUAGCAAAUUUCAACCUACAUUUAUUAAAACUACUUGUAUAACUAUAGUAACAAAUUAUAUAACUUAUAUAACUUAGUUUGAAUCAUAAUUAAAAUUUUGACAAUGUUGAAAAAAUUCUGGCCAACGUUAAUCCUGAUAUUUGUUGGUGUGGAUGCGUUAACUGCCAGUUCAGUGGACAUAAGGUACCACAACUACGAAGAGGUGCAUCAGAUUUUAAGGGACAUCCACCAAAAAUGCCCUGACAUCACCUACCUUUACAACCUGACUGGCUCUCAGAACACCACUACAGAAGGCAGGACAUUGGCCGUCAUUGUCAUUUCCGAUAAGCCUGAACAACAUGAAAUUGGUGAGCCAGAAUUUAAGUACGUAGGCAACAUGCACGGCAACGAGGCGGUAGGCAAGGAAAUGCUGCUGUUGCUGGCCGAUCUGCUCUGCGAUCAGUACAAAGCUGGCGAUGAAAAUAUCAAGAAGUUGGUGGACGAGACGAGGAUCCACAUCCUGCCGUCCAUGAAUCCCGAUGGCUGGGAGCUUGCUUAUGAAUAUAAAGACACUCCUGAGAUAAUUUUAAAGGGGAGAAGCAAUGCAGAGAACAUCGACCUGAACAGAAACUUUCCAGAUUUGAACUCCAUCUUCUACAGCCACAACCGCCCGAAUCGUUUUGGUGGUGGUGGACAUGCUGGUCGUAUGCGUUUUGGGGGUUUUGGCUUUUUUGGUGGUGAGAUGCGUUUGAGGAACAAUGGCAUGAGUAUGAGUGGUCCGCACAGAAAGAACAGUUGGCUUCUUGAGGAGUUCUUGGAGUCUGGAGUGGCUCAGAACAGUGAUGAGAAGUUGGCUCGAGAGACACUUCUGGUGAUCCGCUGGUUGUUGUCGCAUCCGUUCGUCCUGUCGGCCAACUUGCACGGAGGCGACCUGGUCAUCAACUACCCCUUCGACGAAUCAGACGAUGGACGCAAGACCAAGUACAUGAGGACUCCUGACGAUGAUGUUUUCAAGUACAUAGCCACCCGCUACGCAAGUCUGCACGGCGUUUUGAAGAGACCUCACCCGAAGUGCUCAGAUGGGGACGACUUCUCAAAAAGGGGAGGGAUCACGAAUGGAGCCAACUGGUACUCCAUUUCUGGCGGCAUGCAGGAUUUCAACUACCUCGGCACGAACUGCUUCGAGUUGACAUUUGAACUCAGUUGCAACAAGUUCCCCAAGGAAAGUGACCUGCCCAAGUUUUGGCAGGACAACAAGGAGGCUAUGGUGGAUUUCAUUUGGCAGACCCACACCGGAAUCAAGGGACAGAUUUUCAACGACGAGACCAGGGAGCCUAUCUCUGGCGCCACCAUCAUGGUGAAAAAUGUCACAGAUGGUGCCGAUGACUUAAUUAAUCAUGACGUCAUUUCCGCUAAAGAUGGCGACUACUGGCGUCUGCUUACCGCUGGUCAGUACAUGGUCAGUGUAUGUGCCCUCAACUACAAGUGCACAUCCAAGAUGGUCAGCGUCAGGAAGGAACCGUUCACCACGGCUAAAAUUGUUAACUUUGGGUUCGUUUUAUGUUUGCAUUUGUUUGUGGGUUAG